GUGCACUGCUUCCUGCAUCUGCACCGCACCACUGCUGAGUUAUUUCACCUUUACAGCACCACACCAAGAGCGAAACAGGACUAACUCCAUCCGUUUUAUCUCAAGGCUUUGUCCGUAGCGUCGAAACAGUUUGGGCAAGUUUCUAUUUUGCUUAUUUAGACGGAACUGACAAACGAAAAAAAUGCGUCUCAUCCAGAACAUGACGACCAUUGCGGAAUAUUCAGCGCCUGAAUGCUCGGUCCCAAACCGAGUUAUUAAAAUAUCUGUGAUAGGAGGCAGCGGAGUUGGAAAAACAGCGCUCGUGGUCAGGUUCCUAACGAGGCGCUUCAUCGGAGAUUACGAGAGAAAUGCUGGUAAUCUGUACUCCAGAGAGGUCCAAGUGGAUGGAGAGCAAGUGACCAUCCAGGUUCAAGACACUCCUGGUGUGGAGUUGACUGAUAAUGGCAUCAAUCUACCAGAUCAUGUGACCUGCUCCAUCCAGUGGGCGGACGCAGUGGUGCUGGUGUACAGCGUGACAGACCGCCGCAGCUUCGAUUUGAUCGAUCAGCUGCACCAGCUGGUUGUUCGAACCGGAGGUGCCAAUAUGCCUCCGGUGAUCCUGCUGGCCAAUAAGGCGGACCUGCUGCACCUGAGGCAGGUCGACUCCCAGCAGGGCCCUUCGCUGACAGGAACGCUGGGCUGCUCUUUCUACGAAGUGUCGGCCAGUGAGGACUACAGCCAGGUGCAUAAAGCUUUCCACCGGCUGUGCUGCCAGCUCGCCAAGCAGCCGCCUCCCGCUGCCCCCAACUCCUCUCACAACUCUGCCAGCGCCGUCACGGAGAAGAGGCGCUCACCUCUUAUCCCGAGGCCAAAGUCGCCCAACAUGCAAGACCUGAAGAGGCGCUUCAAGCAGGCGCUGUCGGCCAAAGUGAGGACUGUCACCUCGGUGUGAGGAUGAAAAGCUGAAAGUGGUCCAGAGUGGCUACAGAAAGAAAGAAAGCAUUGAGGGUGGAAGAGGAAAAAGAGGACAGAGAAGAUUAAUGCUUCUCCAAUGAUGUCCUGUGUCAGUCUGGCUGAAGAUGUGAAAUAAACAUCUAGAGGCUGAUGAAUCUUGACAGAGGUAAUGGCCUCGUAAGUGGCAGGUGUCUGUCCUGUCAGAUGCAAGUGUGAGGAGGAGCAGCGAGGAGGUUCAGGAGGAGAAACGACACCUGAGGACACAGACGCAGCUGUGUGACUGAACCCAAAACUGCAUAUAAAAUCAAAAACUGUAAAUCAAGCUCUCCUGGCAACAGCGGUGCUGAAGGACGCGUAUUUUUAGCUGUGCUGCCUAUUGUGUCGUUUCUGUAUUCAGACUGCCACUACAUGGCACCGCUAAACACUGGUAUUAUUAUACCAGAUACUUGAGCCAAGGCUCUGUGCAGCUGUGUGUGUCGGUCUCUUGUGUGUCAAUGCCUGCAGUAUAUUUUUGCAGCAUUCAGAAUCAUCCUUGUGCAUGACAGAAUGAUGAGGAUAACUGGGGUGGGGGGGUUGUAGCAGGGGGACAGACACAGUAUGUAGCGUGUGGUGGUUAUUAUCACUGAUGCACUUUAUACAAAAAAUGAUCCAAAGGGCCUAUUGUUAUUUAUUUGGUACAAAUUCACU